GUUUGCAAAAGCAACUAAACCAAAAACGUGCUAGUGUUCGCAGUCACUUAGGAGAAUGCGCAGUUUGGUGGCUGCAAAAACUAAACCCUCUCCCGUGCCCGCGCGCGACGCCCGCAGGCCUGGGCGAAGAAAAGCUCCCAUUUUUCUCCAAUAGAAGAACAGGGAGGCAGACGCAUACCGUGCCUGAUCAAACGCACCAUACUGGGCGUCACUCAAGUCCUCCCUCAUUUCCAGUCCGCAAACUUUCAGCAGAUCACCCGUUUAAAAGCUGCUUCCAGCUUCCGUGCUGGGGGUCGGGUGAGCCACAGCCCGACUUGUUCCCCCCAAACUCAGAAGAGGCCAGCAUCGGGAAGAGGCUGCUUUAGCCUGAUCUCCCGAAUCCAUGUACUUUCCUUCCCCAAACGGAGAUUCGCUAAAGUUCAAAACCAAAGAAAACCAGAGAGAUGUCAUUUCAUUCAGUGCCAGACCCCCCAGGCUAGCAGCUGGUCCUUGCCGCUUUUCCCAGCCGCGUCUGUCCCACGGCAGGCUAAGCUGCAGGACUUCGUGUCGAAAGUGCGGAGGCGGAGCGGAUGCCGAUUAGGAGCGCGGCUGGCGGGCGCCGUAAAGCACGUGGGAAACGUGGAACAUGGCGGCUGGAUUCAAAACGGUGGAACCAUUGGAGUAUUAUAGGAGAUUUUUGAAAGAGAACUGCCGUCCAGAUGGAAGAGAGCUCGGGGAGUUCAGGACCACUACUAUCAAUAUAGGUUCAAUUACCACUGCAGAUGGUUCUGCUUUAGUGAAGUUGGGAAAUACAACAGUAAUUUGUGGAGUUAAAGCGGAGUUUGCAGCACCUCCAGUAGAUUCACUCAAUAAAGGUUAUAUUGUUCCAAAUGUGGAUCUUCCACCUCUGUGUUCAUCAAGAUUUCGUUCUGGACCUCCUGGGGAAGAGGCCCAAGUGGCUAGUCAGUUCAUUGCAGAUGUGAUUGAAAAUUCACAGAUAAUACAGAAGGAAGAUUUGUGUAUUUCUCAUGGAAAGCUUGCAUGGGUUCUAUAUUGUGACCUCAUUUGUCUUGACUAUGACGGGAACAUCUUGGAUGCCUGCACAUUUGCUUUAUUAGCAGCUUUAAAAAAUGUCCAAUUGCCAGCAGUUACUAUAAAUGAAGAAACUGGCUUAGCUGAAGUUAAUUUUAAAAAGAAAAGUCACUUGAAUAUUAGAACACAUCCGAUCGCCACAUCAUUUGCUAUAUUUGAUGACACUUUACUCAUAGUUGACCCUACUGGAGAGGAGGAACAUCUGGCAACAGGAACCUUAACAGUCGUGAUGGAUGAGGAAGGCAAGCUGUGUUGUCUACACAAACCAGGUGGAAGUGGACUAACUGGAGCUAAACUUCAGGACUGUAUGAGUCGAGCAGUUACAAGACACAAAGAAAUAAACAAACUGAUGGAUGAAGUAAUUGAGAGUGUGAAACCAAAAUAAACAGCCAGCACAUAUUUUUCAAAAUGGAUUUGUAAAAAUUGUAUUUGUUACAGUGCUCACAAAUCUUUUAUACUAAAUAAACAAAUAUCAAUACUA